AUGCUCUACAGCCAUGUCACGUUGCUCAUGCUUCGCGUCGUCGACGUCGUCGCCAAGACCACCGUCCAGCAAUCGGCGCGGAUGCUCGUCGCCGAGAUGCACGGAGAGAUCCAGGUUUUGUAGUUGAUCUUUUAGAACUCAAAAGGCGACCGAGUCAUUUUUGCCAAUCUCUUCUAAUCGCCUUCCAAUUCCGCAAACCAUCUUUUUUUGCAAAUAGUUUUUUCUAGUGAGAUAUACUGAAUGUAGGCCUUUCAAGUAACCUUUUUUUGUUCGGAAAGGGGUAGCUAGAUUAAUAAUCAAAAAAAGAAAAAGCUUUCUCCCCUUUUAUUAUACUUUAAAGUCCGGUUGCAGAGUUUUUUUCAUCAAAACGAAAAAAAUUUGAAUGAAAAAAAAAUUUUUUUAGAUUAAAAAGAAUCAUCCACAAAACUAACUAUUCAGAUUGGCGCGCUUUUUUUCCAAUCCAUCGACAAAUCGCGGGCUCCGAGAGCUGUGGCCAGGUCUGGGAGCAGUACGGAAUCCAGCGAUCAGAAAUAGCUAUGAAAACUGUUAGGGAAAUCAACGAACACUUGCCGUUUCGACUCGGCUUAUCAAUUAGGUAUCUUGAGAGCUUGAAUUCUAAAAAUUAGAAAAAAAAAAACUCUCAGGGACUCCUGUUGGACUGAAAGAAUAGCGAUGGAACAAACGAUAGCGUUUUUACGAGAAGGCGUUGCUCAAUGCUCCUGUUGCCAAACACCAGGUUUACAUUUAUUUCUUUCAUUUAAUUCUUUAAUUACGAUAUAAAAUUCAAUGCUUUUCUUCAACCUUACAAAUAAUAUUGGCUUAAAAAAUCUAUUAUUUUAAAAUCGCUUGCUAGAUUUUAUAACCGCCCAUAGGAGACUUCAAUUCAUACCUCCUGGCAAAAAAAAAAAUCGUUUUCAGGAAAAAUUCAGAAUAAUGCGCUUUUUACCGACAAAAAAGACUCUUAAACAGACUAUACUUACUUUAAAACUGAUUGAACACUAGCUUGAAAAAAUUCAGCACCUUCUCGAAAAAAGAAAACAGUAAUUUGCAAAAAAGGAUUAUAAACUCCUUUCUUGUCAAUUAAAGCCGGCAGUGAUUAGAAUAAUUCACAACAAAAGACGAAUAUAAACGAAAUUAACAUACAAACGAAUUUGAACGAGAAACAAAAAAAAUUCUUUUUUUUCACACAAGUCCACUCUAGUGGGCAAAUUCGGAGCGCACUUUCUCAGCUUCCAGUUUUUUUCAGCAAAAUUCGAUUUUUCUUUUCUUAUUAAUAAUAAUUAUUCAGAAUCUGACUCAUGUUUGUUCUCAAUGCCGUGUUGAAAAAUGAUUCGAAGUUCGGAAGAGAAAGAGCGAUGAAAUUAUUAAAUUAUGGAGGCUCAGAGUUAAUUUUUGUAUUUUGGAGAUUUUACUUCAAACAAAGAAUCUUUGAGAUGAAAAUUAAAGUUAUUUAUUAUUUCCGUCUAUUAAAUGUAAAUCUUUCGGCAUUCAUCCUUAAAAUUUCCGUUUUAAAGUUUUUCACCGUGUUUCAGGUUGCAAUAAGAAGAGCGUCCCGGUAGUGGCGGUAAUAGGUCCCGGCAAGAGUUCCUCAACGAUAGCAGUACAAAAUUUGUUACAGGUUUUGUUUUGUUUUUCUCAGGCUCCGCUUUUUAUCAUUGUUUUGCUGUUGCCACUGGGGUCUUCAAAAUUUUUUGCCGUUUUGUAGAAAAAAAUACCCGAAGUUUAUUUGAGGGAAGGUGAUGGGAAUAUCGAAAUUGCAGGUUUUUCGGAUACCACAAGUCGGCUACUCAUCAACAACACCAGAUCUUUCUGAUAAGGAACAGGUCUGAUAUAUUAUUAAAUAAAUACUCCGAACUUCGAAGAAUGUGCUAACUAAAAUUUCAGCUUAAUUUUUUUCAUUUUUUGCUCUAAAUUGUAAGUACUUGAGUACACUAUCUGGUGCUAAAUAAUCUUAAAUUUAAAUGGUUCUGCUAGAAGUCAGUUAUUUUGUGUAGAAGAAAGCUCUGGAGCUAGAGAAACCAUUCAGUAUUUUUGUAUUUUGUACUUAAGCUUAAAAAGUAACUAUAGACGCUUCGGAUUUCUUCGAAUUUUUCCGAUUUUUCACUUCGUGAAUAUUUUUCUUUAUCGGACUCUUAAGAUUUCAGUUUAUUUAAGUGUCAUCUAACGUCAGAUACUUCCUCUAAGUGCUGUAAAUGAAGGUAUCUCAUUCCAAGUUUCUUUUUCGCUUCAUUUUUCUAAUUGGAAAACUCGGUCAGCCCAAAUGGUUCGGACGAUAACUAUUAAUUGAAGUUUUAUUUUUUUGUUUUAUAUAUAUAAUCUUUUUGGAAUAUGAAAUUCUGAAUUUUAAACAGUUCGAAAAUGUCAAAAUAUCAAAAAAUGAUAAUCCAGUUGAGAAGAAAUUUUUGGACAGCUCCGUUCGAAACUCUUUAUUUGGUUUGAAAUUGAAAUAAAUUAUUGUCAAUAUGGGUUCUAAUAAGCUUGGAAACCUUUUUUGGUUGAAAGUGGGAAAAUUGAGAAGAAAGCGUGUUAUUUGCAAAACGUUUCCCCGUACAAAUUUAAAAAAAAAUGCGCCGUCGCUAUAUAACGGAAAAUUUUAGGCUAAAUUGAAGGCGCAUGCACAGAGACUUGCCACGCGCUGAAAAGUUUACUGUAGCUCGGAGUAAAAGAACAUUGGUGGCAAGUUGGCUAUGUUUCAAAAAAGACAGCGGCUCUUUAGUGACUAUGGGCAGACCUACAAAAGAUGAAGAAAUCUCGUUUCAGUUCGGUUAUUUCCUGCGGGUGGUCCCGUCGGACGAAUGGCAGGCCCAGGCGAUCAACCGUCUCUUGCACCACUACAACUGGACCUACAUCGCGGUGGUCUACUCGGCAGGUGAGCGGCCUCCUCAGAAAUGCGCUCUUUUUUAUUGUUUGGCCUUCUUCGAGAGUUGAUCAGUUAUGCAUGAUUUGCGCUUGUCGCGGCUGUUGGACUCUCCUUUUUUGAGGCGCGCCAUAAGGGGUUUUUGGUCGGAGUUCUGAAUUUCUACAGAAAAUUGAGUUUAUUGAACAGUCUGAGUACUCGCCAUGAACAAACUCCUUUGAACCACUUCUCAAUUUUUUUCUAUGAGAAAAAAAAAGAAAAAGAGCAGUAUGAGGAAUGUUAAGAGCUAAUUUGUCAAAUCGAAUCAUUUUUCAAGGAUAUUUUGAAAACUUUGUAAAAAUCUAGCAACAUAGUGGACACUCGCGCUAUGUCAGAAUUAAUAUUCUGAACUUCUUCAAAAUUGAAAGUCCUAAAAAGCCAAUCGCAGUUUUUUUCUUUUCUCCGAAAGAGCUUCAAAGUUCAACCAUAAAUUUUUUUAAAAGUUGUUCAACGCGUUUUUCAUUAGAAAUUGGAUCCGAUUUUUUUGAAAAGGAAAGAUUCUUCAUCGAAUUUAACUUAGUUUUUUUGAAUUUUGAUUUGAAUAGAAGCUGUCAAAUUAUAAGCUCUUUUUGAUGAUUCUUAAAAUUUCUUUCAUUGAUUCGCGAUUCUGAUGGAGCUCUAGGUGCCAAGAAUUGAAGCAAUCUGAACUUUAUACGUCUCUUUUCCCACACCGGUUGAAUAUGAAAAUAUUCAAAAGAAAUGAAAGCUCUGACGAUAUAAGAGAGAGCGCAGACAUGUUAGACUUUUUCAUUUUUGUUUUACUACUGAUGGUCAUUUUUAAAAAUUUAUGCCAAUUUUUUUCAAUUUAAGAUGGAUUUGUCGUAGUAUAAAAUUCGUUCUUGGCUACCACAUAGAUGCCCAGAUCUCCUCUUUAUGCACACUAUUUUAUUAAUCCUGUUGAAGCACAUUUUAAAAUAAGGUGAAUAAUGUGCGCUCCAACGUCAAUUUGAUUUUUUCGUUUUAAAUCUCUAGCCAGCGUCUUCUAGAUAUAUUCUAGAUUUGGCACUGUGAGUCAUAAAUAAGAGAAGCCUAAUCGUAUUUCAGAAAAAAAAACCUUUCAAGCUAACCGAGUAGACACAAGCACUAGACAAGGCCGCUUGAAGGAUCACUUGGACCGAAUCAACACUAAAACGAGGGGGUGGCCGAGUUCCCAUAUCCUUUCUUUUUUUCGCCUCGGCCGUGCAAAUUGCCUCGACUAGUGUCCGCGCGCCUCGUCCCAAAUAUCCUUUUUUUCUUUCCCCUCUGCCCAACCCAGAAGCUCUACAAUGCCCUGAGGCGAAAAAAACGGAAUAGAAGAAGAAGAAGAAGAAGGAAAAGUAGAUCAAAUUUUCGCCUCGCCUAUCUUUUCCCAUCUCCUUCAACGCCACUAUCUUUCCCCUUUCCUGCGCUUUUUACGUCCUAGGCACUCUAUUAAGCCACCUAUGUUUGGCUAAGAUAUCGGCUUGAUAAAAAAGGAGGCGGCUAAUUAGUUCAGUGCAGAAAAUAAUGCCGCGAGAAUUGUUGAAAGGGGAUUUUAUGUAUAAAAGUUGGAAAAAGGUCAUCCGGAAAGGGAAAUUCAAAAAUUCAAGGAAUCUUCGAAGCUUUCAAUUUGCUCUGAAGACUUCCAAAUUCAGUCGAAAAAGUUUUUUUUUUUUUGAGUUUGUCACUCAAUUUUUCAUGAUGAUCAUCUGACUUCUUCGUAAAAAGGUGAAAUCUUAUAAUGGGACGAAAAUUAUUUUGAGCUGUAAAGAAAGAUUUUUUUAUUGCCUUUUUCAUAUAACUUUCUGUUAACUUCUGACAGGAAGAAACGACGCAAAAAGCUUAAAAAUCGUUAUUUCGAAACAUCAUUUUUGCUCCAUUCUGCAUCGGUAGUAAUUGUUGUAAAUGGUGAGAAAAAUGCAAUAAAAGGGGAAUACGGGAUAAACACGACGAAGAUGGAAAUUGAGGAUUCUUAUAAAAUUUGUCGCCUUGAACGAAGAUGCAGAAAUGAGUUUUCUGAUGAAAACAAGAAAAUAAAACGAGGAACGAUUUUAUAGCUGUUUUGAGGGAUUUCCAUGUUUUCAAAGUGAGUUGAUACGCAGUGAGAUAUACGGAGAGAUAUAAUUUUGUAUUAUUUGAUUCCUAACCAUUACUUGAGUUUGAACUAAUUUAUUUAGCAAAAAAAAAUUCGCCUGUAGUUGUUUUUUUUGCGAUUGAAAUAAGUUGAUUUUCUAGGCAACUAUGGCGAGAAGGGCUUCGAAUCCCUGGAAAGGCUGGUCGGAAUGAAAAACUCGAAGGUUUGCAUCGCCUACUCGGAGAAGAUCAAGACCCUCGCUGGCGACAGCGAGUACAGAAAGGUCUUUUCUCUUUUCGAAAGAGUGUUUGAUCUGAAAUCGUAGGUUCUGACAAGUCUGUCGACGCAAAAGGCCCGGCCGCAGGUCGUCGUCUGCUUUUGCGAAGGAUUGUCCAUUCGGAUGUUCUUCCAGGCGCAAAAACACCUCGCCAAACGGAACAAGUCUUUCAAAGUAGGGAGCCAAAGAACUAAAAUUAGGAGAUGAAAAAGUUUGAAGAUGAUAAAUUGAAAACCUUUUUUUGGAUUUUCUCCAAUUUUUUUCAAGUUUGAGCGUAUGUUAGUUCAUAAGAAGAGGUUUACUCAAAAAAACUUUGAAAAAAAUGAUAAGUAAAAUGAUUAUUAGCCAUAGGAGUAGCUCUUUGGUAGAGCGUGCAAAAAAAAAUUGUUUUGCAUCGAAGCAACAGGAAUAGGGUGAAUCGAGUUGAAAUCAUGUCUCUAGGUCUGUUUCAAAAGUUUGUCAGUGGAAUUCAAUCAGUUGCACAUGCCCCGCAUUCAGCGUUUCCAAUGGAUCGGAUCAGACGGCUGGGCAGAUCGGAACGAUGUUGUCGAAGGCCUGGAAAGCGAGGCUGAAGGAAGUUUCAGCAUUCGGAUCCAUGCUCCAAAGGUUGGAAAAUGGGUUUUUGGGACAGAAAAGAAAAAUUUUCCAUUAAAAUAAUUUUGGUUUUCUCAGUUUUUUAAAAAUACUUUUUGAUGCAAUAUCAACGUAAAAGUGUUCUUACUUGUAUUUUUUCCCCGAAUUUAUUAUUUUUUAAGUCGAUUCUUUCUGUGACAUUUGUGGCCAGACUCUUUAGACUUUUGAGAAUCCUAAUCUGGGAGUAUACUUUGUUUUUAGCACCUCGGUUUGAUUCGAAUUUUUUAAAUUUUUCUUAGAGUUUUUUCUUUUCUUUUUUUUUUUUGAGAAGUAAAGUUUUUAGACUGAUUUUUUGACGGCAAAUUUUUUAGAUUACAAUAAAAAUUUUAGAUUCCUGGAUUCCGACAGUAUUAUACCUCACUUCAUCCCGAGAACAACACCAUGAACCCCUGGUUUCGUGAAUUUUGGCAGCAAAAGUUCAAGUUAGUAUCCUUUUUUUGGUAUUAUUUUAUUUUUUAAGGUUUUCAGCUGUCAAUUCGCUGUUUCGAAGGAAGACAAGAACAAUGAGAAUAUUCGGAUAUGCACAGGACAGGAGAAUCUCGACGAUAACUACAAGGAGGUGGAGUUUCGCUUUAUUUCCGAUUAUUCAUUGGAAGAUCUACUUGAAAAUGGUUCACCUAGUCUCCAAUCGGAAUUUUUGUAUUUUCUCACACUCCUAGACAUAAUUUUAAGUGGACAUAGGGGCAAGACAAAUGAUAAAAUCUCAAUUACAGCAAACAAAAACACUUGGAUCGAAGGUUUCACACAAUUAUUCCUAGUUCCUUCUUUCGAACGUUUUAAAGCUUUUUUCCGCACUUUUCUUUUUGUGUUGAGAAGUUUAACUGAAUAAUUAAUUUUUUUUCCUCAAGUUUAAAACUGUUUAUUGCAUCUUCGAUGUGAGAUUACUUGUGCAAUCGACUUUCAUUGAUUUUACUGUGCUUUUAACGGCGGCAGGAGCUGUGGCUUUGGCAGAGAAGUUUUGAAUUUCGCUCUUAGAACAUCAGGUACAAGAGAGGCAGUAGGAAGAACUACGGUGCCGGCUUUCCAAAGGCCGAUGGCAGAGAUUAUGCUUGAGCAGAGUUUGAAAGAACAUUUGUAUUUCUAGGACCCGAAACUGUCGCAAGUGAUCAACUCGAUCCGAGUGGUCGCCCUGGGACUGAAGGCGAUGUACCACCAGCGAUGUCGCGACAACUCGACCCUCUGCACGGAGAUGCUCUCCCGCAACGGCACCCUUCUCUACGAGUACAUGCUCAACGUCACCUACAAGGACCAGUUCAAGCAGGCCAUCUACUUCGAUCGCAACGGGGAUCCGCCCGCUUGGUCAGCACUCUUCUGUUUCUUAGAACAUCUUCAAGCUUUCUUUUCGCCGGGUUUUUGAUUAUAGGCGCAGAAUGGGACGUAGAUAGAGAUCACUAAAAUGUAUGCCAUGUUCAGAGAUUUCGAAAUCGAUUUAUCAUUUGUUUAAAAAUACUUUUUUUAAAGUAUUUUUCAGAAGUUUUGCGAUUGAUUUUAUUUUCUAAAAAAAGUUAGAAUAUUUUCCAGGUACGACAUUCUCAACUACAUCCCUUCGAUAGAUUCCGAGAGUCCAUAUUCUGAGGUACAAGUUGAUUUUUUUUUCACUUUUUACGAUAUUAGUUUGGAAUUUGAUGAAGGCGGACUCAUUUCAUGCCCACUGGGGAAUGGUUAGAUUGAGGAUCGAUCAGUUGAUGAUGGAGACCAUCAGCAGGUCCCGGUUAAAAUAGAGUUUUGUCCAGGCCUUCGACUUCAAAUAUAAAUAUGCAGAAUUGUCAAGGGGUUCGAAUCUGGUGAGUAGCCGGUCCAUUCCUUGACCGUGUUGAAAUCGCGCAGAUUGGACUCGCACGAGUCUUGCUCAGCUCGGGACUUGCAGCUUGAACUAAAAUCUUGGUGGAAGAACCGGCGACGGUUCGCAAAGUAAAAAACCAAAAAAAAAAAAAAAACAGAUUGGAAUUCCUUUGGAAUGAUCGAAAAGUCGGUGCAAUAUUUAUGCCCACCCAUGUACUAAGAAAAUCUUUCGAAAGUUUUUUUCUGUUUUGAAAGAUUACAUAGGUUUUGAAUCCCGGUUCAAACGAGACUUGGAAGUUGGAAAUAAGUGUAAGUUUGUAGGUCGGCUCGUUCCAAUCGAUGAAUCACCUGGGCAGAGAAGAACUUAACAUGACUUCCAACGUUAUGUUCUACGAUCGGACAAGUCUUCUGCCGGAGUCGGUCUGCAGUCGACCGUGUGGCAUCGGACAGAGGGUCCUUUUCGAAUCCUUUCUAAGAAUCUAUACAACUGGAUACACAUUUCAUUUCUGAACCGUCUUGGUUUAUUCAAUACAAAAAAGUUUCGGCUUUUUUUUUAAGUUUUUGGGCUAUGUAGAUAAAUUUCUGAAAAAAAUAUCUGGAAUUCACAAGAAGGGUAACUUUAGUAUAAAUCUUUUCUUUUGCCAUUUAUGGUGAUAUAGUUUUCAAAGAUUGCCUUCCAUACAGAAAAAUUUUUGUUAUCGGUAAUUUGCAUUUCAAAAGAUCAUUGAAAAAGUCCGCAAGUAGCAACUGUAAUGAAUCUUUAGCCCUUCAGAGAAUAUUUCGACAAAUUUUUAGAAAUUUCCAGUUGUCACACUGAAAAAGACCUUCUUGAUAAGUUUUGCAGAAUAAACCUAAAAAGUCUAAUUUUUAUUUGAAAAAUAUCCGUAAAGUGCAAAAAUCGAAGCUUUCAAGGCUAUCCCCCCAAUGCAUAUUGUUCAGGAUUUUUUAGAACUUGAGUAAACUUCUUUCUUUUGUGUUACAGACUCAUCAGAAAAACGAGAGUCAACUCGAGUUUAGAGUUAAGAAUAGGCUUCUGUGAAGUUAUUGGCAAAUUAAUUUUCAAUCGGCCUGAGUGAGCAAAAGUUUCAGCUAAUCUCUGCUCGGACUAUAAGUUCAAAAAUAUUCCAGCAACGGGAAACGAUGGCGUGUUGUUGGAUCUGCGAGACGUGUCUCGACAUUCAGUUUGUCAAUGAGUCGACAAAUCAGUGUCAGAAUUGCUCGCUCGGAAGCUGGCCCAAUGCCAACCGAACAGGUUUUGUUGAUUUCUCAACAAAUUAGGAAAUUCAGGCGAAAAGUUAUUUUUGAGCUAAAAGCUAAAAGCUGAAAAGUACAUUCAGAUCCUUGCAGAGUUUCUGUUCCAGUCUUUUGAUGAAAAAGGUCGUCACUCGAAAAUUUCCUUGUACAGCCUUUUUGCCGUGACUUGUAACCGCUGUUUUCCUCUGUUCCCUCCCGUCUCUCGCCACUCUCUCUCUAGUUUCCGUGUUUUUUCAUGUUUCUCUGACCUCGCCCGGUGAGGAAGCAGAGAGACGCAGACACCCGAAAACAUUCAAGUCGCGGCGAACGGCGUAUGACACAACUUUAAAGACGGAAAUCACUUUAAAUACAAAUUAUUGCUCAGGCUGCGAGCCGAUCGUCCCCCAAGUGGUCUCUUGGUCUUCGUUCGGCCACAUCUUUGCCAUCAUCCUCGCCUCUGCCGGAAUCGCCACGUGUUCAGCUACAAUCGUAGUCUUUCUCAAGUACAACAGCACUCCGGUGGUGAAGAGCACCACCAGGGAGCUCAGCUACAUCAUUCUAUCGGGUAAUUUUUUGUGUCUACUUCAUUUUUUCACAGCUUGAAACACGGAGAUGCGUUUGUGGAAUCGAUAAUCAUCUAAUUAACCUUUGAAUCAACGAUUUUAAGGUCUUCUUGCCUGUUAUGCCGUUACGUUUUCCUUGUUGGCCACGCCUUCUUCCGUUUCUUGUUUCAUCACGAGGUUUUUUUUUGCUUUCUAGAGUUUUCUUUUUGAGGAAAUGACCGCUUCAGGGUCGUUCCGCCGAUCGCCUUUGCUGUAGUUUAUUCGGCGCUUCUGACCAAAACCAACCGGAUAGCCAGGAUUUUGGCCGGGAGCAAAAAACGGAUUCUGACAAAAAAGCCAAGAUUUCUUUCAACAUUCUCUCAGGUUCGUGAAAAGUCCGAUGACAUAGGAGUUUAUCGCGUCAUUCAAGUAACACUAAUUUAUUGGGUUUUCGGUUGAAAGGGAACCUUCAAGGGCCCCUGAGGUUGCCCUUAUAGGGAGCACUAUGGAGUUCCCAAGUCCGCGAGAAAGCUCCCGUGGGAGUUUUUGUUGAUCUGAGCUGGUAUACUGUAGGUUGUCAUAACGUGGAUUCUCGUCGCCGUGCAAUGUGUCAUCGUGGCGGUCGGAGUGAUUCGGGAUUGGCCCGACGCUUCUUACGCCAGUUACGCUCUGCCGAGAAAGUCCGUUCUUCAGAAAAUCUUAUAUCGACGAUAUUUCUCGAUUUCAGUUUGAUACUGGAGUGUAGUACCGAGGGAAAAGCCUUCCUCAUACCAUUCUUCUGGGAUUUUUUUCUCAUCAGUCUCUGCACCUUGUACGCUUUCAAGACGAGGAAUCUGCCGGAAAACUUCAAUGAAGCGAAAUUUAUCGGGUUCACUAUGUGAGUUUUUCAUUUGGUUGUAGAAAUGGACCUGAGGGAAAGAGACGAAAAACUCAUAAAUGAAACAGGGGAGCUAAUAAACUGGUAAUUUUUGUUCAUUUUGAGAUGUCUUGUUCAAUAACGCUUUGACAGAAGUUAAGUUUUGACUCAGAACUGGAAAAUCCAGAGUUUUCAAAAAUCUGAAUAACUGUAUGAAGAAGUUUAGUUAAAUUUGAAAAUGUUCUUUAUUAAUUAGUCUGAAAAUUAAAAGAAUUCAAAAAAUCUUAUGAUAACGAGGCCAAACUUUGUUUUGGAAAGUAGACUUAAAAAACGUUCCUAGAGGAUUCUAAUCAAAAGUCAACUCGUUUUUUGAACACUGAAAAUGUGGAAAAUUCACAAAUUGUUCAAUAGGUCCUCUCGAAACAAUUUUGUUUUGAAAAAAACGUUCAAAAAGAGAAUCAAAAGCCAUGAUUCUUAACAAAAAAAUAUAUUUCUAGUUUUCUUUUGCCGCUAGGAGUAGAGAGAAGGUUUUUUAUUUAAUUUUUAAGACUGUCUUCGAUUGACCCGGUCUGACAAGCUUUUCUCUCAAUUUUUCCCUUUUCUCCCAUUAAAAUAAUUCAUCUGAUUCCAGGUACUGCACUGUAGUUGUUUGGAUAGCGUUCAUGGUAUUGCACAUGGGAACGACUCACAAGGCGUUGGUCAUGAGUUUCUCCUACUCUCUGUCGGCUUCCGUGGCGCUGGCGCUGCUCUUCUUCCCCAAACUGUACAUCAUUCUGCUCCAUCCGGAGAAGAACGUCCGCGCUUCCUACACCACAACCAAGUUGAUACGGUAGAUCCUCUCUUACUGUGCUGUUUUGAGAGGAAAUUUGAAGAUGUCACUUUGGAAACUCCCAAGGAGCCUACGACAGCACCAGCAAAGGCCAACAGCAUCUCUCGUCCAAGACGACGCGCACUUCCAUGCAAUCCGGGUCCGCCAGGUUUUGACUGUAGAAACAAUUAGAAAAAGUAUAUAUUUUCAAAAAAGGAAUUAUUCUGUAGUUAGAAGGGAAACAUGUUUUCCUUUGUGGCGUCUUUGCUGAGCAGAAAGAGUAAACGUGAGAAACUUUUUUAAAUCGGAACAUUGAGAUUGAUUUCCAGAACGUUGAGUUUUCUUUUUGCCUGGUUUUCCUGUAGGAUUGACGGCUUUAGUUUGAGCAAGUCCUCGAGCAUCGGCGGCGGAGGUGGCGGAGGAGGCGUCGGCGUCACUCGGACCGCCUCUGUUCACGUUCCUGUUUCACGUACUCAUACUCAUGUCGACGCGGCGAGCCAGACGGAGGGUCAGUUUUUUUUUUGAAACUGUUUUUUACACAACAAAUUUCAAUUCAACCUAAAAUUUACUUAAGAAAAAUCACAAGAUCUCAUCUUUUGGGCCGCCCAUAUUUGAUUUUUCGAAACUUUCAAGCUUACUACCAGCAAGAUUUCCACGUUUUUUGCAAAUAAAAAAGCCUCUAAAAAACGACUGACUUUUACAUGAGGCCGUAGAUGAAAAUUAACGCGUUAAAAAUAUUAAAACCUGGCAAACUUAACUCGCUUCAACUUGAACUAGGCUGAUUUUUUUGUUCAGCUUUACUAUUUUUACCUUUGCAUGGUCUUACGGGUGAAACUCAGACAGAGUCGAUUUGCAGCCAACAGCACGUUCAAACGGAGCUUCUCGAUAGUUGGCCGCAAGAAACAGCCGAUGGACGAUGACGUCCAACAGCUCGUUGAAGCUUGUCGGAGAUAUCAGGUCAUUUCUCGUCAAACCUCAGUUUGGUUCUUCUAAGAGAGUUGUAACCAAGUUUUAGGGAGGCAAAUAGAAUAUCGGCCUGAUUUAAUCAAUUUUGGUAUGCCAGUUAGUCGUACGUGAUAUGAAAACAGAGAUUUUGUGUUUUUAUUAGUUUUUUUAACCGGUCGGUGUCGGGAAAAAAAUAGGGACCAUCAAUAGGGGUUUACUUUUGAAGAUAUUUCUUUGUUGAACUUGAUGAUUUUUAUUUUUUAUUUUGUCAAAAUGAUUGUUCGAAAGAGGGUUUUAUGUUGGAAAAAAAAAAAAUGCAUAAUCGGCCUGAAAACUCCUUGAAGUAAAAAAAAUAAUCAAUAAUUUUCUAUGGUUUUGUAUCUCGAAAAAAGAGUUUUAUAGGAACACACUUUUGGGAUCAGAAAUUUCUAGUACAUUGAAAAUUAUUUGAGGAAUUGCCAUACCUCGUCUGAAUCCCAGCUUCGCGAGAAAAAAUUUGAAAAUGUACUGAAAUAGGCCGCACUUUUCGGGGGGUAGGCCGCAUCCCGGAGUGGGAUCCAGCCGACGUAGAGAGAAUUUUCAGAUUAUUGCAGAGAGUUUUUUUCAUUUGUUCCACCCCAACAUUAGCAUACAAGGUAAACAUGAAAGAAAAAGGGAAAAUAAUGAGUAUUUUUAUUCGAAACCUGGAGUCCUGUACCGACCGGUCUCCCUCUGGUGUAGUCUGACCUUUGAUUGUUCCGAGAAGCUUUUCUCAAUAUCUCUCCUGCAGGACGAGAAGCUGCAUGCGUCGUCGGCCAACCUGCUUCUGGAGGAGACGGAGGACGAAGUGGGCGCUCUGCUGGCGGAUUCGAUCGAGAACUCGGUGAGGACGGUCCUCAAGACGGUGACCGGCGGGGCGGCGGCCACUGCCAUCAUCGGCAUCGCCGCGCCGCCACCGCUCCCGCCCCCGCCAAAGGCUCCCUCGCCCGAGGAUUCCUUCGAACAGGUCCGAUCUUUUCUCUUUUCGCUGGUUCUGAUUUUCGAAAUUCAUUGAGCAAUAGGGUACAGUGCCGUCAGAAAAGAUGCGAAAAAAUAUGUUUGCUCACAACUUUCUCUUUCAAUAGGAGCUAAAGAGGAUCUUUAUUUUGAAAUCAUUUUAAUUUUCAUUUUCUUCAUUUUCUCUUUUUUCGUUGACAAGGUCAUAGAGAUAAUAUAUAAGAACAUUGUUUGAAAAAUGGAACUUGAACGCGUCAAGAACGUUCAUUUAUUGGGUCCAAAGAAUUUCAGAUUCCAUCCGGACUCUAUUCGAAGAAACCCUCUCUUUGAGCCGUAUGAGCGUGCGUGUGUGGCACCAAUUUUUGAGUUGACCAUCGCUUACAAGGGAGGAAAUUCCUUUCGAAACGUUGAAAAUCUCUGAAGAUUGGCCAAAAAACUCUUUGACGUGCUAGGGCAAGUGCUGAAAACCUAAUCAUAAAAGUGAUAUUCUUGAAUGGAUGCUUCCAAUCAGGGUAUGGUCUGAACCAACGGUGGAUUUUCUGAAUGAGGCAGUUAUUAAUGGAUUUAGUUUUUGACGUUUGUUCAGAGUGUAGUCUCAGAAAUCGCACAGGAGGUCGUUGGGUAGAGAAAACCGAAUAUUUUUGAAAUUUUCUGAACGUAAUUUGAAUCCAUCCAAAGUCAUAUAUCUGUCUUGUCUGAAGCUCAAAAGUCGAAAAAUUAUUUUUUUUUUUCUAAUUGACCAGAUUUUUGCACCAAUCGAAGCGUGGCGAAAUUCUGAGUUCAGUGGCCUUUAUCAAAGCUCCAUUAGGAACUGAAAAGGACCUGUCCGAAGAUCCAGAUUCCUCCAGAAGUUUCGAAAGCUUAAAUUGAAAAAUGAAAACCAUUUUCUCCUGUCAUGCUCAAUUUUGUCGUACAGAUCCCUGAAAGUUUGUUUUCAAUAAUCAGAAAUUUUCGCAGAAUUUCAAAUAACCUAUCUAGUACAUCUGAGAGUUUUCUGGCUAUUUUUCAAUAAGUUUUCAAUUUUUGUGCAGAAUGACCUCUCUCGUUAAACACAACAUUUGCACAGAAACUUUAAUAAAAAAACGUGCAAAUGUCGUCGUUUCUUUCGCUUUCUUUCAGAGUGUGACUUUCUCAUUUCAGGCCUUCUUCUUCUUUUUUUUGAGUUGCUUAUCUCUCCAACUUUCCUUUUUUUUUUCUGCCGCUGCUGCUGCCGCACCCCCAGGCCAUAUCAAGCCAUUCCCCGUGCAUCUUUCACUUAAAAGGAGGAGGAGUGAGGGGCGUGGCUUGCGAUUUCGCCUGGAACUUUUUCCCCCAGAACCUACUUGUUUCAGUUGCUGCGGAGCCGCGGCGUCCAGCCAAUCACCUUUACUCAGGCCACUCCACUGUGAAUAGCAAAGGUUUGAUCGUUCGAUGAGUUUCCAGGAAAUAACAGGAAAUAAUCAUUUCUCAGUUUAUUCUGAAACAGCAGAAAAAACUUUUAUAAUUUUUCAGAAGAGUUCUUCUGCAUAAAAGCGGUCUAGCUUUUUUGACCAUCAAAUGAGGAGAAAUUACAGUUUUUUUAGAACAUAAAAUUGAUCAAAAAAAGUUUUUAGUUUUUUUAUCUAGAAAAUAAGCAUAUACAUUGUACUGUAGUGAUUCAUUUGAAUUUAUGAGUAAAUUUUUUUCAGUUUUUUUGAUGAAAAAAAGUCUACUCUUUUCAUAAAUUUUUUAGGGCGAUCAGAUUUUAACAAAAAAAAAUUCUGAGUUACAUUUUAAAUUGAUAGAAUCGAAAAUAUCCUUCAAAUGACUGGAAUCUUUGUACUGUAACAAAUUUGAGUUUUUUUCAAAUUAUUUCAACUUUUUAGGCACACUAUUCUGCAAAAAAAUGUGUUACUUCUUACAAAACUAUGAUUGGUUGUCUUUGAAUUAAGUUUUUUUGCUCUGACUUUUAUAAUAUUAAGCUGAGAAACAAGAGUGGGUGCGACUGCAGCCUCGAAAUGAAGAGACGUCAGAGAUUUUAGAAGUCUUACUGUCUCUGGCGUCUCUUCAGGCAGUCGCUGUUUUUCUUUUUGGUUUUUUUAAAUCAAAUUUUUGCCAACAGUUUACGAACUUUUUCAUACCACAAGUCUGAGACUAGUCCAUUUUAACCGAUGUUGAUGGUUUUCUUCGAUUUUAAAAUGUCUUUUGUUAAAUACUAUUUCGACUUUUAGGAGCUUAGUCUGAAAAACAAGGAACUGACCAAUUUUCAGAUAACUUACAAAAUAACCAUUUUGUCAAGUUACUGCAGAGCUAUCAGUUUAGUGGCAACCUUCCUCUAAGGUCUAACUUUCAGAAACAAUGUCAACGGGUAUCGCCAGCACUCUCCACAGCCAUCCUCAUCACCUCCACCAACCGCUCCACCUCAACCACCACCAGCACCACCUCAACCAGUCUCAGCCGGUCUCACCUGCCGGAUCGAGCAGCGCCGGAUCCCCGCUCCCGAACUACCUUUCCGACGAGGAGCUCCUCCGCAUUCCCGUCCGCCAACUCAACCAGAAACUCAUGGUGGGAAGUUUAACCUAUUCAGUGUUAAAUUGGAAAGCUCACAACAUAAAUAACUUUGAGCUCACAGAAAAAUGAGCUUACAAAAAUUGUAAAAUUGCUGUCCGUUGUUCUAUAUUCUUCUAUGAAUCACGUUUUCUCAUUUUCAAAAUUCAUCGCGAAAUCUAGUUAAUUAUUAAAUACCGGCCAUUUGUGUUGAGCUCCCAUUUGAAAAACGUUGACUCACUCAAGGUAAUUUUGAUAUUCCGUGCACACAAUACAAUACAAUACAAUAUUUAUUGGUUGUUUUAGUCAGAUUAUAUCGACUAGGCGGUGAAAAAAUGAAAAAUUGCUCUUUUGAGCGGCACUAACACCGCCUUUGGCGAAAAAGAAGUCAAAACGUGUAGUCGAUUGAAUUGAAAGCAUGGUCUUACGGUCCUUCGCCUCGUUCUUCCACAAGUUGAUCCCUCAGUUUCGCGGGUACGGGCACGGCGGCGAUGGUGGGGCUCGGGCACGGACUCCGUGUAAACUCUAGGGUAGCCUCGGCCGACUGAGAGAGCUACCACUUCGAGUGAAGAAAAUACACGGAAUUUACAGCGUAGAUAAAUUUUUAUUUGGAGUUAUUUUUUAGGGUUUUUUUGAAUUUUCGAUGAACAUCUGAAUGAAUGUUCUCUUAAGGAUUUUCUCUAGACGCGGACUGAAGUUUAAAAAAAAUUGUUUCAUUUUUCCCGGAUCUACAGAGUUCUCUGAAAAUCAGCGAGAGAUUUUGCAUAUCAUACUGAAUGAGACUCAACUUGCAGUACAUAGUUUUUGGAAAAAGACUUUUCCGUCCCUUUUUUUAAUUUUUGUGUUGACAUAUUUUCACCGGUCUCAACUUUUUUUUUAAACUAGAAAGCAUUUGCUGCUUUACCCAAGGUAUUUUUGUAAAUUUCCGAAAUUCGGAUCUCCGAGUAUAAAAGCUUUUUUUGUCAGCAAAAUCAGCCUGCGCGCAAAAAAGCGUCAAUCUAGUUUUGAAGCUUUUCCAUCAUAUUGAACAUUAAUUUGAAAAAAAAAUUUUUAGGGACAAGACAAGCAGGUCGUGAUGCAGCUGAAGCAGAAGCGGAGGACUCUCAAGAACCGCGGCUACGCCUACAACUGCCGGACUCGUCGCGUCCAGAAUCAGAUGCAGCUCGAGGCCGACAAUAUGAUGUUGAGGGACGAGGUCUGAGGAGAAGACUGCGAAAUAAAUAUAUUAUUCUUCCAGAUCAAGUACCUGAAACAGGCUCUGCAAGAGGCGCAACUUCGGCUCCAGUAUUACGAGCCGAUGCAGCCGUUCCAGUGUUCCCAGCCUGUGCUCAUGGAGCCUUCGAAACCAGCGAACAACCACCAAUGUUUCGCUCCGAACCCUCCGAUCCUAUUCAAUUCCACCUUAUGA